GCGCUACUCGGCGACCUCCCGCCCGCAGCAUGAAGGUAUUUCGGCGCGCUUGGCGGCACCGGGUGGUGCUGGGCCUAGGCGGCCUGGCGUUUUGCAGCACCACUCUGUUAUACUUGGCGCGCUGCGCUUCUGAGGGCGAGACACCCUCCGCUUCUGGAGCAGCUCGAACCCGCGCUAAGGCCUUCCUGGCAGUGCUAGUGGCCAGUGCGCCCCGUGCGGUUGAGCGCCGCACCGCAGUGCGCAGCACGUGGCUGGCACAAGAGAGGCGUGGCGGACCCAAGGACGUGUGGGCGCGCUUCGCUGUGGGCACUAGCGGCUUGGGCGCAGAGGAGCGGCGCACUCUUGAGCUCGAGCAAGCACAGCACGGGGACCUGCUGCUGCUGCCCGCCUUGCGCGAUGCCUACGAGAACCUCACGGCCAAGGUUCUGGCCAUGCUAACCUGGCUGGAUGAGCACGUAGACUUCGAGUUCGUCCUCAAGGCGGAUGACGACUCUUUUGCGCGCCUGGACGCUAUACUGGUGGAGCUGCGCGCACGUGAACCCGCACGCCGCCGGCGCCUCUAUUGGGGCUUCUUUUCUGGGCGCGGUCGCGUCAAGCCAGGAGGUCGCUGGCGAGAAGCUACUUGGCAACUCUGCGACUACUACCUGCCCUACGCUCUGGGCGGUGGAUAUGUCCUUUCUGCGGACCUGGUGCAUUACCUGCGCCUUAGCCGCGAAUACCUGCGCGCAUGGCACAGUGAAGAUGUAUCGCUGGGCACCUGGCUGGCACCAGUGGAUGUGCAACGAGAGCACGACCCACGCUUCGACACGGAGUACAAAUCUCGAGGCUGCAGCAAUCAGUAUCUGGUGACACACAAACAAAGCCCAGAGGACAUGUUGGAGAAGCAACAUAUGUUGCUGCAUGAGGGCCGGUUGUGCAAGCAUGAGGUGCAAUUGCGCCUUUCCUAUGUCUAUGACUGGUCAGCGCCACCCUCCCAAUGCUGCCAACGCAAGGAGGGCAUUCCCUGAUGUCAUUGAGGGUGCUGUGGCCUCUCUUACACAGGCCAACCUGCCUGAACAAUCUGGUCAAUUAUCUGGGGUGAGCUUGGUUUAUCCAAUUACUGUUGAGGCCUUGGGGCUGAUGGCCAGAGACAACUAACGAUGUCUAGUCCAUUGGGUGUGCUCAUAAUUAGUGGUCUGGUGUAAGGCCAGCCCAAGGGCAUCUAGUUAUGAAUGUGGAGAUUUCAUCUGUACCACACACACAGUCCCUGACCUGCGUGAUGCCACCUAUCAGCCAUCUGGAGUGUGAGGGCAGGGAUGAGUUUAUAGUGCCCCCAUCCUGCACUCUGCAGCUCACUGCGUAUCUUGAAUGUUCUGCACAGCCUGACCUGCAGACUGUGUUGAAUUCAUCUCAAAAUGUUACUUGUCGAAGUUGUCUUUGUAUCGUUUGGACAAAAUUCCAGUCUGUUGCAUCUCCUGUUUUCAUCUUUUGUCAUGGACAAGUGGGAGAGGUUUGGCUUGGUUUUCAAGUCAACUAGCUUAGAACUUUUGUCUCUGUGGAUAGAGUUUGGUAAAUAUAAUGCAGUUUGCUUAGAA